CACGCGUUGAGAUACAAUAGAAGCCGCGAAAACAUCUCCAAUCUACCCGUCCUCUUGAAGAAUCUACCGUUGCUGGAAUUACUUUGUACAACCCAACCGCGACCACGGGUUGUGACAAGAGUAGGGAUAAGGGUUCAUCCGGAGCUUCACCACCACCCCAAUAGCUCCAGCUAUCCCAAUCCGGCAGCAGAAAUACCUCCUCAUAACCGUGUACGAUAUAGAGAAACACCGCUCGUCCGAGGAUUACCUACAAAUCAACUGCCGUCUACCAAUACUCAACACACUGAACAAAUUUCCAUCGGCUCUUGGAAAGACUACCGACAAUGACUACCUACGAGGAAGCUGCAGUCGGAUUCCGUACACAUCUCCCCGAUCUGAACUCUCCGCGCUUCACCACGGCGGCAAAGCAAAGCCCGUAUGAGUACUUGAAGUGCAUGCAGGACAAUCGUGCGCCACCUUGGCUGUACGAUCUUACUAAAGUCUGGGAGAAGCUGCUAGCAGAGCCGUACAAGGGUAUCACGAACGACGGGACAGUGCGGGAGGGAUUGUUCGAGACAAGAGACGAAGGGGUUGACGUGGAGAGCGUAGUAAAGAAAGCCGAGGAACUACUAAGCGGCUUGAACGAAGAGCAAAAAGAGAAGUUGAAGUAUGAGGUUAGCUCAAGAGAAUGGCGCGCCUGGAGCAACCCAGAGUUCCUGCUGCGACCUUUUGGUCUUCGACUAGAAGAAAUCCCAGAGCAAAACGCCCAAGCAAUCCUAUCCAUCAUCGAAGCCUCCCUCUCCCCCGAAGGCUACCAAAAAGCCCUCAGCUCAAUGCGCGUAAACCAUUUCCUGGGCGAAGUCGUGCACCUCCCCCUUAUCAUGAACAAAUACUCCUACAACUUCCUCCUCUUCGGCACGCCCUCCGCCUCGCCCUCCCAGCCCUGGGGCUGGCUCUUCUACGGCCACCACCUCUGCAUAUCGUGUUUCUUCAAAGGCCCGCAAGUCUUCAUGACACCCUCCUUCACGGGCGCAGAGCCCAACAUCAUCGACGCAGGGGAGUGGAAGGGCACGCAGAUCCUGCACAAAGAAGGCGCUCUCGGCUUGAAACUCAUGCAAAGCUUGACCGCAGAGCAGAAAAGCACGGCGCAGAUCUACAAGAACCUGCGUGAUGAUGCUAUGAAGCAAGUCUACGGCCUCUCGCACAACGACGCCGCGAAACGCGAUGAACUCAUCACCGACGCUUGGGGGCCCGACGACCAGCGCCACGCCUGCGGCGCGUUCCGCGAUAAUCGCAUCGUGCCGUAUCAGGGCGUCCUCGCAUCUUCUCUCACCGCCGCACAGAAGGCGAAUAUCCUAGACAUCUGCAACGAGUUCCUGCUCUACCACCCCGCGAAGUCGCGCCAGCUGAGGCUACAGUUGGUUGAGAAGCACUUCGCUGAGACGUAUUUCUGCUGGAUUGGCGGGUAUGGCGAUGAGGAUGCGUUUUACUUCCGUGUUCAGAGUCCGGUUAUUUUGGUGGAGUUUGAUCAUCAUUCGGGCGUGUUUUUGACGAAUACGGAGCCCGCGAAGUAUCAUACGCAUACUAUUUGCCGCACGCCGAAUGCGGGGGAUUAUGGGCAGGCUGUUAGGGGGGAGGGGAUGCGUGUGGUUUGAGUAGUCUGUUGUGGUGUGUGUUGUGGGAGAUGAGGGGUUGGGAAUGGUGUGGUUGGGUGUUUGCUCAGACAUCCGAUGUGUUUUAUGUAGUCUUAGGCUUUCUCUGAAUGGAAAACCUGUGAGGGGGCAUGUAAUAAGAUACUUUUCAUCAUUUAUC